UAUCUCAGAAACUGCUGAUCUCCUGGGAUUUUCACGCACAACACUCCUCCGGAGUUUACAGAGAAUGAUGCAAAAGCCAAUCAGCAUCCAGUGAGCACACUUCUGUGGGUGAAAACGCCCUGUUAGUAAGAGGUCAGAGGGCAGGCUCAAGCUGACAGUCAGGCAAAUAACCACCCAGUGGUGUGCAGAAGAGCAAUGGUUACUUUAUAAGGUAUAGGAGGUGGCCACAGAGUGUAUUUACUAGGUAUUUAGCUGUAACUCUGCAUUACCAGAAAGAGUGAAAGGAGAGAAAGAAACAAGUUUAUUUUGGCCUAAUUUCAUGACCUUUUAAGUAUUUUCCAGUUUUGUUAAUUUAUCCUUUCGAGUUGGGGAGGCUGUAAAAUUUCCAUUGAUGAACAAACUAAGCGUUUAUAUUUUCCUGUACUGCUGUAAAUCAAUUUAAAAUAUUUUAUAUUAUUUUAUCAACUGACUUUAAAAAAGGGAAAUCUUUGAACGUAGGCCUAAAGGUUGGAAGCUUUUUAUUUUCACUUUCACUUCUGCGGGGAAUCAAUCGACAGAGGCCUCUUAUUUGGGAGUCGCGAAGUCGGCAGAACAUAUUGCUCGGUUAAAAAGGACAUUGCUACUUUCCGGAUGUGUGAAGCCACUGAGUGACCAAUACGACAUAGCACUGCGUGAAAAGAAAAACAGUGAACUUCCUUUGAAAGACUUUGGAGGUGACAGUACCACAGUAACUGUCAUCUAAAUGGCAACUGCCAAGUACCUACAAUUAAUAGGACUUAUCACAAUUAUAGUCCUUUCAGUUGCGGACGGCGUAAAACAUGAUCAGAAUAGUGGGGAGGAGCCAAGUUAUCCCUUCAGAUCAGAUGGGCAGAGAUUCCCCUGGAACAAAAUGAGAUUACCUGACACCAUUUUGCCAGUACAUUAUGAGCUGCUUCUCCACCCAAAUCUGACCACGCUGAACUUUUCUGCAUCUGUCAGGAUCGAAGUUUCCAUUGGAAUGGAUACCAAUUCUAUCAUCUUGCAUAGCAAACAGCUCGACAUCAUCAAGGCAACCAUUGCUCUGUUGAGAGAGGGUGGAUCAACUGAACCAGAAAGCAACCUGCGUCUUUUGGAAUAUCCAUCAUAUGAUCAAAUUGCCCUUCUGUCUGAUGGACUCUUAUACUCCGGAAAUACGUACCUGAUAAAUAUUGACUACAUUGGCAAUCUUUCGGAUAGCUACCAUGGCUUUUACAAGGGCAGCUAUAAAACACAAGAUGGUGAAUUAAGAGUGUUGGCUUCUACUCAGUUUGAACCUACUGCAGCACGCAUGGCUUUUCCGUGCUUUGAUGAGCCUGCCUUCAAAGCCAAAUUUACAAUCAAAAUACAACGGGAAUCCAGACACAUCGCUCUCUCCAACAUGCCCAUUGUAAACUCAGUUAAAUUAGCUGAUGGACUCAUUGAGGAUCAGUUUGAUACGAGUGUAAAGAUGAGUACAUACCUAGUAGCCUUCAUUGUGGCAGACUUCAAAUGCAUCAUGAAAGAGAACAAGCGUGGAAUUAAGGUCUCAGUGUGUUCGGUUCCAGACAAGAUCAACCAGACUUCAUUUGCACUAGAAGCAGCUGUGAAACUCUUAGACUUUUAUGAAGAUUAUUUUUCUAUUCCCUACCCACUGCCGAAACAAGAUUUGGCAGCAAUCCCUGACUUUCAGUCUGGGGCUAUGGAGAACUGGGGCUUAACGACCUACAGAGAAACGGCUCUGCUUUACAACUCGGAAACCUCCUCGGCUUCUGAAAAACUCUGGAUCACCAUGAUUAUAGCACACGAGCUGGCUCACCAGUGGUUUGGCAACUUGGUGACCAUGGAGUGGUGGAAUGAUCUAUGGCUGAAUGAAGGAUUUGCCAAAUUUAUGGAAUACGUCUCCGUUAACAUCACAUUCCCGGAGCUGCAAGUUAAAGAGUUCUUCUUAGACAAGUUUUUCAGUGCCAUGGAAGUGGAUGCUCUGAGUUCUUCACAUCCGGUGUCAACUGAGGUGGAAAAUCCCAUGCAGAUCCUGGAGAUGUUUGACGAGGUCUCUUAUGAAAAGGGAGCCUGCAUUCUGAACAUGCUGAUGGACUAUCUGACGGAAGAUGUUUUUAAAGCCGGCACCAUCAGCUACCUCCAACGCCACAGCUAUGCAAAUGCAAAGAAUGAGGAUUUAUGGAAUAGUUUGACAAAUAUUUGUCAUACCGAUGAUGCACACGGAAGCAGACUAAAUGUGCCACAAUAUUGCAAAGGAAAUUCAGAUCUCCCUCCUGGUUCACAUUGGUUCAUGGAAGAUGUCCUGGAUGUAAAGACCAUGAUGAAUACUUGGACUCUUCAGAAGGGGUUCCCAUUAGUAACUGUUACUAUGCAAGGAAGACAAGUCUUUUUACAGCAAGAGUACUUUCAGAAAGGUUCUAAGAUCCAAGAUCCAAACUCGGAAACUGCAAGUUACCUGUGGCACAUUCCCCUAACUUACAUCACAAGCCACUCUAAAACCAUCCAGAGACACUUGAUGAAGACCAAAAAAGAUGUUAUCACACUUCCGAGGGAAGUGGACUGGAUAAAGUUCAAUGUGGAUAUGAAUGGUUAUUACAUUGUGCAUUAUGAAAAUGACGGAUGGGAUGCAUUAAUCCAACUUCUGAGAAAAAAACACACGAUCCUCAGUAGCAAUGACCGAGCGAACCUCAUUAACAAUGCCUUUCAGCUUGUGAGUGUAGGGAAGCUGCCACUUGACAAAGCCCUAAACUUGACGCUGUAUCUGAGGAAUGAAAUGAGCACCAUGCCAGUCUUCCAAGGCAUGAAUGAGCUUAUACCCAUCUAUAAGCUUAUGGAGAAGAGGGAAAUGGUGGAAAUUGAAACUAAAAUGAAGGCAUACAUAGUUGAUUUAUUUAAGAACCUGAUUGACCAGCAAUCAUGGAGUAAUGAUGGUACGAUUUCAGAACGAAUGCUACGCAGCUCGCUUCUGGUAUUUGCCUGCGUUCGCAAGUACCAGCCCUGUGUCGACAGAGCAGAGAAAUACUUCAGGAGUUGGAAGGACUCCAAUGGUACUUUGAGCUUGCCCACCGAUGUUGCCACAGCCAUCUUUGCAGUUGGAGCCCAGACAGCAGAAGGAUGGGACUUCCUCUUCGAGAAGUAUAGGCGCUCGCUCUUCAGUUCAGAAAAGAGCAAAAUUAAGAGGGCAUUGACAAUCACCAACAAUACAGAGAAGCUCCAGUGGUUAAUGGAUCAAAGUUUGAAAGGUGAUAUUCUCAAAACACAAGAUCUGCCUUAUAUCAUUGUUCUGGUCAGCAAAAACCCAAAAGGACAUAAUCUUGCUUGGGAAUUUUUUAAGAAGAACUGGGAUACGUUGGUUCAAAAGUUUGAACUUGGUUCGCAUUCAAUUGCUCAUAUUGUGACUGGUAUUCUGUCCCACUAUUCCACACAGCUGAAGCUUGAAGAGGCCCAAACAUUUUUUGAAUCAUUGAAGGACGAUGGCUCACAGCUCCGUUGUAUUCAACAGGCAACUGAAACAAUUGAGGAGAACAUCCAGUGGAUGGACAAGAACCUGGACAAGAUCAGUACAUGGUUGGAGAACUUAAAAUCAGCUGAUGAAUUCAAUGGCAAUAUCCAUUGAGCACAACUCAGUGGUUAUGCACUGGGAUGCUGAAUGUGGUGCAGAGCUAAUUUGGAUACUGCCUGGAAAAAUUCAACUGCGCACAGAAAUCCCACAAACAACACAGGCGAUAAACACUGAAAUAGGCCUUGAAUGGAGGCUUGAGAUUUACUUCAGUGUCAUCAACUUUACUUAAUAACUGUAAAUUAAAUUGGAAGCUGUUUCCUUUUCUUAGUAAAUGUUCCCAUCCCUGUCUGAUUGCUGAUCUCAGGACAAAGUGAUCCUUUCUCCUCCCCGCUCCUCUGUUAGUUGUUUCACUAGCUACCAAUCUCUUACUGAGAUACUCCCUUGCGCUAACGGAAAUCCCUGCUGAUUUCCCUGAUCAAUGUCUCCAGAACUCUCCUUCCUUUGUACAGAGCCCCAAACAGUUUUUGCAAAUGAGGCAUUACUUCACCUGCGAAUCCGCUUGUGUGGCCUCUUGUGUCCGGCACUCCCAAUGCGGCCUCGCCCAAGUUGGUGAGACCCGUCGUAAGUUGGGGAUUCACUUUGUUGAGCACCUCUGCUCCAACUGCCAAAAGCAGAACUUCCGGAUGGCCCACCUUUUUAGUUCUGACUCCCAUUUCCAAUCCAACGAAUCAGCCCUUGGCCUUCUCUCGUCCCAAGAUGAGGCCAUCCUCAGGAUGGAGGAGCAGCACCUUGUAUUCCGUCUGGGUAGCCUCCAACCUGAUGCCAUGAAUAUUGAAUUUUCCUUCGGGUAAGAAAAAAAUUCCCUCCCCCUCCUAUCUCCUUAUAUCGCCCACUCUCAUCUCCCCCGGGUCACUCCUCCUUCCCUUUCUCCUAUUCUCCUCUCCUGUCAGAUUCCUUCCUUUGCAGCCCUUUAUCUUUCCUACCCACCUGGUUUCGCCUAUCACCUUCUAGCUAUCCUUCUUCCCCUUCCCACACCUUUUUAUUCUGGCAUCUUGCCCCUUCCUUUCCAGGCCUGAUGAAGGGUCUCAGCCCGAAGCAUCAACUGUUUAUUCAUUUCCAUAGAUGCUGCUUGACCCACUGAGUUCCUCAUUUAGUCUGCUCUCAAACUUGCUUCUUCUAGGAGCUCCACUUUUACCACAGGUUGGAGUAGAUCCUACCAUUAAAACGUGCAUCCAUCACCCUCCCCUAUCUGCUUACCUACACAACUCUCUUGCCCACUUGUCCCUCCCACUCAUCUCUCUCCUGGCGGUUACCCUGCAAGCAGGACAAGCGUUAAACCGGCCCAUACACUUCGGCCCUCAGCACCCCCAACAGUUCUUCCAGGUGAGGCGACUCCUCACCUGCGAACCUAUCAGAUUCAUCUAUAGUAUCAGGUGCUCCUCUACAAUGGCGAGACCCAACACAGAUUGGGAGACUGCUUUUUGGAGCUCCUCCACUCUGUCUGCCACAAGAUGAGGGAUCUCCUGGUGCCUACCCAUUUCAAUUUGACUUCAAAUACCCUUUCUGACAUGUCCGUCUAUGACCUCCCCUAGUGGCAUGAUGGGGCAAAAUUCAGGUUAGAGGAACAAUAUCUCUGUCUGGUUAGCCUCCAACCUGAUGGCACGAAUACCAAUUUCAUCCCCUUCCUCCUUUCUCCUUCCUUCCCCCGCAUCUUUUUAUUCGGUCUUCUGCCCCCUCCUUUCCACACCUGAUGAAGGGUCUGGGCCCUAAAUGUCAACUGUUAGUUGCCCUCCAUAGAUGGUGCCUGACCUGCUGAGAUCCUCUUCCACUCUGUGUGGAUAUCAAUAUCCAAUUAAUUGCAACCUCAGGAAAAUAAUGGUCCACAGAGUUGUCACACAUUAUUUCCCUCCUUAGAUGCUGCCUGAUCUGCUGAGUUCCUUCAGCAUUUUGUGCGUGUUGCUUUGAAGAAGGUUCAUAGUGCAAAGCCUGACCUGUGGUGCACAUCACUGGUGCCCUGCAUGCAUGGAAUCCUAGUGACAGAUAGCUCAAACAAAGCAAGUGAAUUGUUAACAGACAUUUCCAGGCCCCUGACGAUCUCUCGACCACUGAUUCUUACUGGAAGAUUUCUGGACACAGCUGGGCCAGAAAUACUUGUCAAUGUGGUGCAAGGUUUUUAAUCUGCUUUUAUUUGAAAGGCAAAUGGUAAUUGAACUUUCAACUUGUGUGAGCAUGGUACUUUUUGAUAAAUUGUAUGUCAUUUGGAGCUUAGUUUUAUUUUUGUGAAUGGCAUUGUGUUUUGAAUAAGUGUUGAAGGGGGUCAUUAUUUCAUUAGCUGCAGUUGUGUGCUACUGACGGUGCAGUUGUGUUGGAGUCUUCACCUCAAAUGAGCAUUGAGUUACUCCAUAGCCUGCUAUAGUCACAGUGGGGUAAGUGAAGUGAUUGUUAGUACUGACACAGGGCACAGGUGAAUCCUGACCACAAGAUAUAGGAGCAGAAUUAAGCUAUUUGGCCCAUCGUCUAGUCUACUCUUCGAUCAUGGCUGAUUUAUUAUCCCUCUCAAAUCCUUCUUCUGCCUUCUCCCCAUAGCCUUUGACACCCUUACUAAUUAUAACUCAUUAAUCUCCAGUUUAAAUAUACCCAGUGCCAUGGUCUCCACAACUGUCUGUUGCAGUGAAUUCCACAGAUUCACCACCCUCUGGCUAAAGAAAUUCCCCCUCAUCUGUUUCGAAAGGACGUCCUUGUACUCUGAAGCUGUGGCCUCUGGUGCUAGACUCCCCCAAGACAGGAAACAUCCUCUUCACGUUCACUCUAUCCAGGCUUUUCAUAUUCAAUGGGUAUGUAUGAGAUCCCCUCUCGUUCUUCCAAAGCCCAACAAGUACAGGCCCAGAGCCAUCAAACACACCUUAUAUAUUAACCUCUUCAUUCCCAUGAUCAUUCUCUCUGGACCCUCUCCCGUGUCAGUAGGUCCUAUUUUAGAUAUGGGGACCGGUCAUUACUGCUGACUGAUAGACCACCAGAUUAACAGGCCCUUCAGUCUCACAGCAUUUCCUGUUGAAUGUGUUGGGUGUUGCUAUAUCACCCUCUCUUUUGUUCAAACGUGAGAUGAGGAGGAGUUCCUUUAGCCAGAGGGUGGUGAAUCUGUGGAAUUAAUUGCCAUAGACAGCUGCAGAGGCCAAGUCAUUUGGUGUAUUUAAAGUGAAUGUUGAUAGGUACUUAAUUGGUCAGGGUGUCAAAGGUUAUGGGAAGAAGGCAGGAGAAUGAUGUUGAGAGGGAUAAAACAUCAGUCAUGAUGGAGUGGCAGAGCUGACUCGAUGGGCUGAAUGGCCUAGUUCCGCUCCUGGAUCUGAUGGCCUUUAUGCUGUUGGCCCUGGCAGCUCAAGAAUGGACCUCUCCACACCAAAGCACGGGUGAUUCAUUGCUGGGAAAGCAGCAGUACUAGAGCAGGGAUUAAUGACAGUCUGACUUCUCAGAGUAGAGCCAUUCAGUAAAUCCCCGUGCUUCAGUGUUGACAAGGUAUGAAGCAACAGCUGUGGCUUACUUACUGUUCACCCAGUGGGAGUUCACCCAUUGACCUAGUCAAUGCACAUCAUUCAAGCAACGUCACUAAAAUAGAUGAUCUUUUCAUUACCACAUUGCUGCUAGUGAUACUGUGCGUUAAUUGCUGUUUUUGGCAUAAUGAUGUGACUUCAUUUCUAAAGUAUUUAAUUGGCUGUAUUGUGGGGCAUCUGAAGGUCGUGAAUGACCAUUUAAUUUAAAGAACUUUAUAUGUAAGAUGACUUUGGCAUUUUAUAUGUUGAUGUGCUCAAAGUUAACACUGUUGAUCUACUAUUUUGAGUGCAACUUAAUUCUAUAAUUUCAGCUUUUAUUAAUAGAUUAUUGGAUCAUAGUGUUUGCCCACACAUUUGUUUGCUAUGGCUUUGCAGCUUUAAUGAAUUUCUUCAGUAUUUGAUUCAGCUUGGAGCCCGUCCUCCAAGCAGAGUGACUUUUAAAAUAGUGAUUUUUUUUUAAUGAUGUGAAAUUAAACUCACUUACCAAGAUGAUCUGAUCACUAAAAUUAACUUUGUGUUGUUGGCCAGUGAAAAUUGGUACUGCUAGUUUUACAGCAGUGAGUUUCAAUCUAACGACUAGUGCCAGAGGACUGUAGAAAUAGGCCCUUUGGCCAUCAGUCUGUGCUCUUCUUACCUUCUGCCUGGAGCCCUGUAAGGUCUAACUUACAUUUCCACACUGGCUUCAGAUCUGUGUCUGUUCUAAGUAUCUUAACGGAAUUUACUAUCCAGCUAUGAUGCUCCAUUUAAGGUCAGUUGGAUUUUUUUCUCUCUCUUUAAUUAUUGUAUCUAUUCCCCUAUUCAGCUUGUAAGGAAAUCAGUGUCGGGAAUAAAUCUUGAAUCGUGAAACAGC